GCGCGUGCGGUUCAGAUGCAAUCUCUUCUUCUAACCUUUCCUAAAUCAUCAAGCGAUCCUGUUAAGCCUGUAGGAACUCAACUCUCUCUCUCUCUCUCUCUCUAUUUCUCUCUGAGUUCUAUCAGCUGGUGCUUGAUUGCAAGGGAGAAGAUGAAGCUAGGGUUUAUCUUUGCUCUGCUCGUUCUAAGCAGCGCAGAGCUGGUAAGAUCGGAUUCUAACGAUCACAAGUUUCAACGCGGUGAUACAGUACCUCUUUACGCUAACAAGGUCGGUCCUUUCCAUAACCCCAGUGAAACAUACAGAUAUUUUGAUCUGCCGUUUUGUUCCCCAGGGAAUGUGAAAGAUAAAAAAGAAGCUCUUGGAGAAGUUCUUAAUGGAGAUCGUCUUGUAACUGCACCUUACACUAUUGAAUUCUUAGUUGAGAAAGAUUCUGAGAAUGUCUGCCAGAAGAAGCUCUCGGUGGAUGAAGUCAUUCAGUUUCGAACUGCUGUCAUCAAGGAUUACUACUUUCAGAUGUACUUUGAUGAUUUGCCUAUUUGGGGUUUCUUGGGGAAGAUUGAUAAGGAAGGAAAAUCUGACAUAACUGAAUACAAAUAUUACCUAUUUAAGCACCUUCAUUUCGAGAUAUUUUACAACAAGGACCGUGUCAUUGAGAUCAACGUUCGAACCGAUACCAACACCAUGGUCGAUCUGACUGAGGACAAAGAAGUUGAUGUGGAAUUCUUGUAUACUGUCAAAUGGAAGGAGACACACACUCCUUUUGAAAAACGGAUGGACAAAUAUUCACAGUCCUCUUCUCUGCCACAUCACUUGGAGAUUCACUGGUUUUCGAUUAUCAAUUCAUGUGUAACGGUUCUACUGUUAACUGGUUUCCUUGCCACGAUUCUCAUGCGAGUACUAAAGAACGACUUUGUGAAGUAUGCUCAUGAUGAUGAAAUACCCGAUGAUCAAGAAGAAACCGGGUGGAAAUACAUACAUGGGGAUGUAUUCAGGUUCCCGAAAUACAAGUCUUUGUUUGCAGCGGCCCUAGGGUCUGGAACUCAGCUAUUUACUCUUACGAUCUUCAUUUUUAUUCUUUCUCUCGUUGGCUUCUUCUAUCCAUACAACCGAGGAGCUCUGUUCACUGCAUUGGUUGUUAUAUAUGCACUCACUUCAGGAAUUGCGGGAUAUGCUGCAACUUCUUUAUAUUGCCAACUGGAAGGAACAAACUGGGUCAGAAACUUGUUAUUGACUGGAAGCUUGUUCUGUGGGCCAUUGUUCCUUACAUUCUGCUUCCUCAACACUGUUGCAAUAGCCUAUAGUGCAACUGCAGCAUUGCCAUUUGGUACAAUUGUGGUGAUACUUCUGAUAUGGGCUUUAGUAACAUCUCCAUUACUGGUUCUGGGUGGGAUUGCUGGAAAAAAUAGCAAGGCAGAAUUCCAAGCUCCUGUUCGCACAACAAAGUAUCCUCGAGAAAUUCCUCAGUUGCCUUGGUAUCGUGGAUCUCUUCCUCAAAUGGCAAUGGCUGGGUUUCUUCCCUUCAGUGCUAUCUACAUCGAGCUUUAUUACAUAUUUGCAAGUGUAUGGGGUCACCGAAUCUACACCAUAUAUAGCAUAUUGUUCAUAGUGUUUAUUAUCCUUCUGAUUGUUACUGCAUUUAUUACUGUGGCUCUCACUUACUUCCAACUUGCUGCUGAAGAUCAUGAAUGGUGGUGGAGGGCAUUCCUUUGUGGCGGAUCAACUGGGCUUUUCAUCUACGGUUAUUGCUUGUACUACUAUUACGCACGAUCAGACAUGUCUGGAUUCAUGCAGACAUCAUUUUUCUUUGGAUACAUGGCUUGUAUAUGCUACGGUUUCUUUCUGAUGCUUGGAACUGUCGGUUUUCGCGCUUCAUUGUUCUUUGUUCGUCACAUAUACCGCUCCAUUAAGUGCGAGUAACAACAACCUAGAGGGGGUGGGGGUUGCUCUUGACCAUUUUCCGACUGGAUUAUCGAGAACUGUAUACAACUUCUUUCCUUGGUCAAAUACUUUCUAUUAGUUGCGAAGACAAUGUGUAAGACCUUGCAUUUGGUAGGAAAACUUUUAUUUUUCUUUUCUGUUUUGGUGCUAUAUAAUAGACAGUUGGGGAAUAGACCAUAUUUUUUACUACUAUUUCUUUCUUUCUUUCUUGUAGAUGACUCAGAAAACAUGCAUUAACUCAAUACUAUGUUUUCAAUUUCUUGUCAA